AUGGGUGAAAUGAUCACCAACAAAGACGUGAUGGGGGAAAAGGCUGAGAUGGCCCAUGAGGAGGUCAUCCAGAUAGCCCAGCUCACCGAGGCCGAGAAGGUGAUUGAGAAGAAGCUGCGGCGACGCAUCGACUCUCUCAUCAUGCCGCUGGUAAUCCUGGUCUAUCUUAUGAACUAUAUUGAUCGAAACAACUACCCUGCUGCUCGUUUACAAGGUCUCGAACGUGAUCUUAACCUCAACGACUCCACUUAUCAGACCGGUCUCAGCGUUCUCUUUAUCGGUUAUAUUCUCGCCCAGAUUCCGUCAAAUUUGAUAUUGAACUAUAUGGGACGUCCAUCGCUUUACCUGGGAUUUUUCACAACCGUAUGGGGUAUGGUGUCGCUUCUGACCAGCCAGGUCAAGAGCUUCGGAGGAAUUGUUGCCUGCCGAUUUAUCCUCGGCCUAGUCGAGGCGCCCUUCUUCGCUGGUGUGCUAUUUUAUCUCUCCAAGUGGUACACCAAGAAAGAACUCGCACUGCGCUCGAGCAUCUUCUACGCCGGAUCUCUGCUCAGCGGUGCAUUCGGAAACCUGAUCGCCGCAGGUAUUCUUUCUGGCCUGAACGGACACAGAGGUCUGGCCGCCUGGCAAUGGCUUUACAUCAUCGAGGGUGCUAUCACCAUGGCAGUCGGUAUCUUGGUCUGCUUUCUUCUGCCCGACUUCCCUUCCACAUGGAAGCUUCUAUCUGAGGAGGAGAGACAGGUUGCAACUCGCCGUCUCGUGAUUGAGGCUGCCGAGGCAGACGUCGACGAAGGCGGCAAGAUGAGCCAGGUGAAAGGGUUGAAGAUGGCGUUCAGCGAUAUCAAAACCUACGUCCUGGCUAUUGCGUACCUGGCCAUCACCGGUGCAAGUGGCUUCCAGAACUUCUUCCCCACCCUCACAUCGACGCUCGGUUACGACCACACCAUCUCACUCCUACUAGUCGCACCACCCUACAUCUUCGUGGUGUUCUACAGCUUGGCUCACAACUACUUCUCGGAUCGCUUCAGCAUGCGCUUCUGGUUCUUCUUCUACCCGAUCCCCAUCACCAUCGUCGGAUUCAUCAUCUUCAUGACCACCGAUAGCUUCGGACCCAAGUACUUCUCCUUCUUCCUCAUGAACAUCAUCUUCGCGCAGAACGGUACCAUCUACUCCUGGAUCGCCAACGCCAUCCCCCGACCCCCCGCUAAGCGUGCCGCUGCCUAUGCCUUCAUUAACUCCAUCGGCAAUUCAGCCAGUAUCUGGACCCCAUACACCUACCGCAAGCAGGACGCUCCCCACUACCGGCCCGCGCUCGGUGUGUGCAUUGGUCUGCAGGUGCUUGGUGGUCUGAUGGCGAUCUUCAUGUACUUCCAUAUGCGCUCGCUGAACCACCGCUUGGAGCGUCUAGAGGAUACGGAGGUGACACUGACGGACAAGGAGCUGCGGCAGUUGGAGCGGACGGCGGAAAUUGAAGGUAUUGACAUUGCGGCUGCUCGUCGGAUGCAGCAAGGAUUCCGAUAUGUUCUGUAA